AUUUUAUUUUAUUUUGACGUGACAACGUCUUAAAUUAGGUUGCGGCUGGGAGUCACUUAUGAAAAAGUGUAACGCUCGGUAACGUUACGAUGAGUCUCUCGUGUUAAGUUUAAGUUUACAUGUACAAUGUUUUAGUAAACAAAAUAUAUUUCUAUAGUUAAAAUUUGUGCAAUUCUUAUUUUCAUUCAAUUCCUUGUUCCUAUUGUGCAAUUUAAUUAUAUUCAUAUCAAUAAAUAUUCUACCGAGAAAAAGACGUUGUCACGUAAAAUCUUCGCCCGUAAAACCGACUUUACAGGCAACCAUUUUUUUUUUAUGUUAAUGAAUUACUUAUAUGAUUUUUAUGCAAUUUUUAAAAUUAAAUUAAAUGUAAUAAUUACUGACAUAUAAUAACGCCGUUAAUAUCUAAUGUGUACGUAAUGAGUUUCUGUAAUUGGCCUUAAGAUUAUAUCUAUAUUUUAUUGUAUUAAAUUUCACAAAAACCGCUGUAGAAACUUUGUUAAAGAUAAAUAAAUAAAUAAUAAAAUAGCCAUAUACAUAAAUUUAUAAUAUGUUACUUGUUUUUAAUUUUUAUUGUCGGCGCAAAAAUUUAUUGAAAAUCAAAAAUUGUGACGGAAAUUGUACGUAGAAUACGUUUUCUUGAGAAAGACCGAUUAAAAUAGUUGUUACUUAACUUUGAUCAAUAAAAGAUUAUAUCAUUAUCAGUAAAUAACAUAGCCAGGUGCUGAUUUUAAGUUAUAAACAUUUCUGAUGUAAUACGAAUAAGAGCGGUGCCACCGCUAUGCCCAUAGCGGAUUUAUCGCUUCAAUUGCGCCCGUCUGGGGAAACAACGGCCACUGUACAUGGGACAUCAGAAAAAUAGCACUACCUUUUGGUGGUCUUGUAUUUUUGCUGGUGAUUUGAUUUAUGAUUGAGUUAAGGCCGGCAAGGUGAGGAUGGAUAGAGCGGCAUACCUUCUGCCGCACCAUCUAUCUUCGUGACUGGACUCCGCUUACACUUAACAUCAGAUCGGUCACAUCACAUUGCUGCGAAUCGUAUAAAAUAGCACUAAAAUUAUAUCUGUACGGUUUUCCUAUUUUUUCUUAUUUUUCUCAGAAAUAAUAGUUUAAGUGCCAACUGUCCUUAAAUUGUCAAAUAUAAGUAAAAUGAAACGUUUUCAGGUGCUGGUUUGGGUAUCAAUCUCAUUAUACAUACUGGAUUGUGCAAGGGCCGCGACUUUCAAUAGUCAUGAUCAACAUCAUAUUACAGCUGAAUAUAUUAAGAGUAUCGAUACUGCAAAUGUAUGCGAAUGUAAAUCAUUUUAUCGCGGCAAUAGCCAGGAAGGAGUUCCGCACUGCAAUCAUGAUGCUCCUUCUACUCGAGGUCUACAACGUGCUGGGCAUGCUGAACACUCCCGCAACCGACAACCUGUUCCUCUACGGAUUGUGGAACUUCACCAACGACUUUCUGCGCUCCUUCCAAGGUUUCUUCCUCGCUAUGAUCCACUGCUUCAUGGACGACGAGGUCCACAUGGCCAUUCGCUACCACCUCGAUCAUCGUCGCGCUAGAGGACAGUUGCCCAGACGGCCGCCACCCCCCAGGCCACCUCCGGGUUCUUCAUUCGCCACCGUCGCCAGGAGUCCUGAUUUAAUCGAGAUGACACACCCUCAGUUCAGUGCCUUUGAAACCUACAGCAAUGAGACCCGCUUCGAAGCAUACAGUGUGAUAGGAUUACCCAAUUUAAUGUUGGAUUGCCGCACUUUGGAAACCAGUGUUUAAAACAUUAAAAUGUAUAACUUUGUAUCGAGUGUCGAUCAAAUCCAUGUACAUUAAGACUUUUAGAUUUUCACUUCAAAACAAUGUUUACAUCAUAGAUAAAUGAUUGGUCUCGCUUCACUCGACUGAAGCGAGACCAAUUAUUCAUCUAUGGUUUACAUAAUAUAAUAAUGCAUAAAUAAAAUAAGAUAAGACGGUGCUAUUUGCAAAGAUAUAAAUCGUAAUCGUUGGCUAUUUGAUACAACAUAAAAAAAAUCAUAAACAAGUACAAUAACGGAGCAGUUUCCUGUUAUUAUUUAUCUUAAAAUACAGAUUACCUUAGACUAUAGCAUACCAAUUUAAUCAACAAUUUAAAUUAAACUCUAAUUCCUAUCGUUCUAAUAUUCGUAAGUAUCAAAUUUUCAUGGCAAACAUGAAAGAAGAGGAGAAGAGCAAAUAGUAAGAAGAAGUCGUACGCGCGGCUGCGAUCGUUGAAGUUAAGCCACUUUCGCAGCACGAGCAGGGCAUAAGCAUGGGAAUGUCGUCCUUGGCCGCCUGCCGUUAUGCGUCAGUAUAGUUAAGUUUAAUACUUGUUUAUCUAUGAAGUAUGUUUGUUUAUGACCAGUGGUAACAUUUGGUAUAAAUAAAAUUAAAGAACUUGGCCGCUUGUAAAGUGGCUGCUAGUCACAGAAUACCUAAGCGAUGCAGUUUUUAUUUUAGUAUUCCGUAACUAGUCAUUUUUAGUUAAGAUUAUUUAUCAAAGAUAAAUAUCCAAUGUUCUCGUAUUACUGUAAUAAAUUUGCUAGUCUUAGAAAUUAUAAGUAUUAGUCUCACCAAUGAAGUUACUUACUGUUUUGUGGUUUAGAACCACCGUUGUUAUUCUUCUUAGCUAUCAAAAUAUGCGAAGGUUAUUUAAUAAUAAUAAUAAAACUCUUUAUUUUACACCACAAAAAAUAUAACACAUUAUACAUAAUGCUUACAGUGUAAAAAUGGAAAGAGGCUGAAAAAUCUUUGUAAAAACCGAGUAUGUAAAACAAAUAAACACAUGAAUACAUACAUACACUCAUACAUACAUAGGUAAAUACAUACAUAUAUAUUUACAUAUUAAAAAAUACAUACAUAUAUACCAUAUAUAAGUCUAAUUCAUUCUUCAUUCAUCAUUAAAUAAGGACAUUAUAGUGAGAUCUGAGAAGGUUUUUGAAUCUGUGUAGAGAUUCUGCACGUCUUAUGGAAACUGGAAACGAGUUCCAUAGGCGAACAGCUUGCACUGCGAACAUAAAAAGUUGUUCCGUGCACAGGUGUAAUACGAGUAAAAUUUUCUGAUGACCUUAGGGACAAUGCGUUAGACGUGUGAAGGAAGUUAAAACAUUCCUUAAGAUAGCGCGGGGUCAAAGGAUUAAACAGUACGUUAUAGAGAAGAUUAAGGAUAUAAGUAUUCCUGCGAAAGCGAAUAGGCAGCCACUUGAGCUGUGAACGAAAUUGAGAAACAUGAUCAUAUUUGCGCAGGCAAAAUAUGAAUGUUAGGUUAUUUAAAUACUUUGUUGUUAUUUUAAACUAGCUGUGGCCCGCUGUGUUACCCGCGGUUUAUUAGGGAUAUUUUUCCGCAGUAAAACGUAGCCUAUGUCUUAAUCCAGGGUGUCAACUAACUCCAUACAAUUUUUUAUUAAAUUCGCUGCAGUCGUUUAGACGUAAAGAAGUAACACACACACUCAGACACUUUCGCCUUUAUAAUACUAGCAUCCGCCCGCAACUUCGCCCGCGGUAACUUUAGUUUUUUGAGAAUCUCACUGGAACCUAACAUUUUUCCGCGAUAAAAAUUACUCUGUCUAAAUCCAGGUCACAAACUGUAUGCGUAAAAAGUUAUGUACAACGUACAUUAUCCGCGAAUUCAGUAUCAUCGAUUUUCCCAUGGGAAUAAGAUAUUUUCCCGCAGUAAAACGUAGACUAUGCGUUAAUCCAGGGUGUCAGCUUACACCAUACCAAAUUUGAUUAAAAUCACUCCAGCCGUUUAGACAUGAAGAAGUAACAAACAUACACACACACACUCACAAACUUUCGUCUUUAAAAUAUUGGUGUGAUUAGUGUGAUUGGCAUGAAAUUAUAGACUAUGGCGAUAUUCAUUUUAAUCUCUAGCCAAUAAUAAAUUUUUAGGUUAUAAGAAUUUAUUUUUUUUAUAUAGUAUGUAGCAAAGGAAAUGGUUCGACGAAAGCUAUAUAAUUUGGAAACUUAUUAUUUGUUAUAACAUGAACAGAUACCUACUUAUAUUUUUAUUUACCCUCAAUUAAUUUUAAAUCGUGUUAAUCCAAGUGUCAUAUUAACUCUGAUGUUUUUUUUUGAACUAGGUACCUAUAUAACUGUUCUAUAUAUGUAUAAUUUUACUAUGUGUAAUUUUUUCAUUGUGCUUUAAAAUAUUUUAUUGUGAACUGUGAUGUGAGUUCACAAACUGUAUUCAUUAACAUUCUAUAUUUAAGAAAAUAACUAUUAUUUUAUCAAAUCAUUAUAAUAAGGCUAAUGUUGUUUACACAGAUAUAAAAUAAAUGUUUGUAAAUAUAUCCAUUAAUCUUUUAUUGGUAAAAAAUGUGGCCAACAUGCGAUUAAUUUACGAGUUGGCUUGUAUUUAACUGCAAAUCAAAAAAUUUACAUUUUAUAUAAAAAAUAAUUCCUAAUCCUAAGCAUAAAUACUUAUUGCACAGCAAAAUAGUCACCUUAAAUAUAAUAAUAUAAUUACUUUAGUAACAAUUUAAGUUCGUGAUGCAUCGCUAUUUAUUUAAGUAGUGAUAACGGACCCAGUGUGGAUUGGUGGAUGAUAACGGACCCAAUGCGGAUUGGUGGGUGAUAAUGGACCCGGCGCGGAUUGGUGGGUGAUAAUAGACUCUAUGCGGAUUGGAGGGUGAUAAUGAACCCAGUACGGAUUGGAGGAUGAUAAUGGACCCAGCGCGGAUUGGUGGUUUUUUUUCUAUCAACAAAUCUUCGUGUUAAGUUAAUGAUUUUCAGAUCAUUGAAGCUAAAGAUGUUUUACUUCAGUCGUGUGGUCAUAAGCACACUCGCUUUUUUUAUAACUAUCACAAGUGUCCUAAUGUUGAGCAAGUUUUGAAAUGCUAUUGCAAAAAUAGUUGUUUUGAUAUGAGUGUGAGUAUUUUGCGUCGAAGCCCUUGUUAAUUUUCUGUGCAAUCGGUAUAUUUGCUGUGCAAUCAGUAUAUUUGCUGUGCAAUCAGUAUAUUUGAUAUGAUAAUCAUAUUUCUGUACAAAUUAUUGAAUGCAUGAAUUAUUUUCAGCACUAGUUUUGUUCAACAAAUAUUUUGUUUGCAGCUAAAUAAUUAUUAUGAUUUAAAAAGUAUUUAAUUGCUGUAAAUAACUUGAUGGGUAAUAAGUUAUUUGCUGUGCAUUUAAAAAAUAUCCCAUUUCAAAGUGAAUAAAAAAUCAAAAUGCGUAAAAUAGACUAUUAAUUUGAUGUGUUGUAUCCCCUUAUGUGGCUUCGGCUUUUUGGCAGUAUAGUGCAUUUCGGUACAUAUAGAAUGAUUUCAUUAUUUUUACAAAAAAAAUAUUUAAACAAAAAUGACGUCACCUGCUUGUAAAAAUCUCAGGAAACAUGUUGUCGCAAUGACUUUACUUUGUAGUCCUGUUUGACGUUUUAAUGAAAACCGUGUGACGUCACCAGCCCGUAAACGUCCUUUUUGUUAGAGAAACGUUAUGGAAACAGAAUUUUUGUUUUCGUUUUUUUCUGAUAUACGCAAGGCAACAGAAUUAUAAAUAAGUAUCGACUUUUUAUGGAGUCUAUACACUAAUAAAUUACCACGCCGGACCGCCUGGUACCAUUGAUGGUAAAAAUGGCACUGAUUUCUCUCACCAGCUCCCGUAGCAUGAGCACCACAAUUUACGUAACAUCACGUUUUUUUAUCGCGUCUCACUGUCAAACUCCAUAGUAAUUUGACAAGUAGGCGUGAUAAAAACGCGUUAUAUAUCAUAUCGCGGUGCUCAUGCCAGGGGGGUAAUACCAUUGCCAUUGAUGGUACAAAUGGUACUGUUGUAUCCCAUCCCAAUAUUCCAGUGCUGCACCCUCGUAGCUGUGCCACCCCCUACAUACGCACCUUAUUAUCAUGUCCCGCUAGCGUUCGUAAAGGAUGCUAGGCAGGACUGGCCCACAGUUUAGAAUAAACUACAAUGUCACAAUAAUCCAGUGAUGCACCCCCGUCGCUCUGCCACCUCCUGAUAAGUACUCACCUUGUAAUCAUAAUCAUGUCUCAGAGGCGUUACUGGUCCACAGCUUGAUAUAACUUCACAAAUAUCCAGUGUUGGUGUAAUAUCACAAUAUUUCAGUGAUGCACCCUCGUCGCUCUACCACCCCCUAUAACUUCACACAUAUUCAGUGUUGGUGUAAUAUCACAAUAUUUCAGUGAUGCACCCCCGUCGCUCUGCCACCUCCUGAUAAGUACUCACCUUGUAAUCAUAAUCAUGUCUCACAGGCGUUACUGGUCCACAGCUUGAUAUAACUUCACAAAUAUCCAGUGUUGGUGUAAUAUCACAAUAUUUCAGUGAUGCACCCUCGUCGCUCUACCACCCCCUAUAACUUCACACAUAUUCAGUGUUGGUGUAAUAUAACAAUAUUUCAGUGAUGCACCCUCGUCGCUCUACCACCCCCUAUAACUUCACACAUAUUCAGUGUUGGUGUAAUAUCACAAUAUUUCAGUGAUGCACCCUUGUCGCUCUACCACCCCCUAUAACUUCACACAUAUUCACUGUUGGUGUAGUAUCACAAUAUUUCAGUGAUGCACCCUCGUCGCUCUACCACUCUCUUUAAC